AUUACUCUCUCUCUCUUCAUUUCUCAUCUGCUUAGCUCGCCCAUCAAGCUUUCUUAACUCCAAAUCCAACCUAACCUUUAGUAUAUUACAAUAUAAAUAUUCAAUCGCAUUUACAGAGUCAUAAUAACUAUAAUUUGCUUAGGGUUUCAACAAAUUUCUGUAAAUCUGUAUUUGAAAUCUCCGAAUUUUCGUAAGAAAGCUCUGAGAGUGUGUGUGUGAGAGAGAGAGAGAGUUUGUGAUGGAAUUGGAGCAGCCACGGCUGAAGAAUCUGGCGAUGACGUUCGACGAGGUGUCGAUGGAGCGAAGCAAGAACUUCGUCAAAGCCCUACAGGAACUCAAGAACUUAAGGCCUCAACUAUAUUCUGCUGCUGAAUAUUGUGAAAAGUCUUAUCUUCACAGUGAACAGAAACAGAUGGUACUAGACAACCUGAAAGAUUAUGCAGUGCGAGCCCUUGUCAAUGCUGUUGAUCACCUUGGCACUGUUGCUUACAAAUUAAAUGACCUUCUUGAGCAACAAACCACAGAUGUUUCGACUGUGGAGAUGAGGAUUACAUGUUUAAAUCAGCAACUUCUAACGUGCCAAACAUACACGGAUAAAGAAGGUCUCAGGCAGCAACAGUUGCUAGCAAUCAUCCCAAGGCAUCACAAGCAUUACAUCUUGCCAAAUUCUGCAAACAAGAGAGUGCAUUUUAGCCCACAUAUACAGACAGAUGGCAAACAAAGUCAUAUUAAAGCAAGACCUCGUCUGUAUCCUUCAGGUACCCCUGCAUCAAAUACUCUGUCUUGGCAUUUAGCAUCAGAAACCAAGUCUACUUUGAUGGGUACUCCACGUGAGUUGAUGAGCACUGAAGACUCAAAAACUUCUGGGGCAUUCAAUUUGCUGGAUGGUGAAGAAGGUACCAGGAAAAAAUCCUCGACAGCUCACCUUCAGUUGCCCACUAUGGGGCCUGCUUCAACUGCAGCUAUGCAAACAUUGGGUGUCAUACGACGGCAUGUCACAAAAUCUGUUGAGGUCAUGGCCGGUGGUGCUGCUGAAAGAAAUUCCUAUUUGAACUUCCUGGAUUCUCAGCAUGGCUCCAAGUCGUUGACAGGAUUCCGAUCAUUUGAUAACCCACCUCGACGUGAGAUUGUCCGUGCCCCAGUUCGCAGCAAGAGUGUGCUUUCUGCUUUCUUUGUUAAACAGAAGACACCAAAACUGAAGACCUCCCCUGUCUCAUGAAACCUCAGGUCACAAGUUGAAAAUGGCAGCCACCUAACUUAUCGAUUAUGUUUUAUUUUUUCGGGGGGAUGGACAAGAAAAGGGGAGGAGGGGGGGGGGGUGUUACACCUGUUGAUAAAGUGAACUUAUUCCUUGAUCAUUCAUUGGUUCUUCAAAAUUAAUCCGCAACUGCCGAACCCUUUUGUUUGGCAGUGAAUAACAAGCAGAAAUUGUAUAUGAUUCGUGGUGAAGAUCACGAGAUUUGUUUGCUUAUCAAGUGAAUGCUCCAGAAGAACGAUUGUAUAAAAUAACUCCUUGAUGACCAUUUAUUUCAAUCUUUGUCUUGUGUACAUGUAAUAGUUUGGUAGUGUUAUUGUGAAAGUUGCUUGAUAUUCGAUGAAAGCCUUUGAAUGGUUAUCGCGAUGGUUAUUGAGAUACUUAUGCAGAGGAAUGAGA